AUCGGGCUUCAGCUAGCCCAAAACCUCCAGCAGUAGAUCAGAUACGAACUCCCAUAAAUAUGAUGCACAAUAUCCAAAAUCACAUCAGUCAAGUAUCGACUCUUCCACAUAUGAAUUUUGUAACUCCUCGUGCUCAAAUACCACCCCAACAGCUAACAUCGCAUUCAAAUUCGCAUAUCGGUAGUAUGCCGAAUUUUACGGGAAGUAUGCAUCAAAAUAAUGCUCUGCCAGAACCAGCCCUUCAAAAUUCUCAGGCGGGAUUUUCUUCAUGGGGUCGCCCGCGAGCCUCAUUACCUGGUUAUAAUAUGCCACCUCAAGCUAUGCCUCAACAUAUCGAACAUUGGGAUGGUCAAGAAAACCUUCACACUCAAAGCUGGGGACGUCCAUUAAGACGUGGAGCUUCAGUAAUGGAAUUAGGAGGUCCAGGCGGUUAUCCUCCAUAUCAGCCAAAUCCUUGGCAUUACGGUAGUUGUGCCAAUUUAGAACAUACGUGGGGAGGGCAGGGACCUUGGCCUCAGUCAUGUUGUUAUCCACCAGGAGCAACUGCUAGCCCGCGCCUGCUCCCACACCCACACGCCCAUGUGCCACAUACGCCACAACCAUACCGAAGAGUGGAGAGUCGUGCCGUGUCGAGAGCUGCAUCUAGAGCUAAUUCACGAGCACCAUCUCCUGCUUUGAGUAUGAGAUCACGUGCUUCUCGACGUACAAAACACCGGACUCCUUCGCCGUCUUUACCAUCCAGUGAUGCGGAUUCUGAAAGUGAACCUGAAAGUGAAAAGCCAGACGCAAAAGAAAAUGACGAAAAUGAUCUAGGUCCGGCACCGCCACCACCGAGUGCUACAUGGCAAUGUGAACAUUGUACAUUUGUUAAUGAACCAGGUGUUAGAGUAUGUGCAGUGUGUUGCCGUACUCCUACGAUCACACCAAAAAUUAUUCCAACUCCUGUUAUUAAAAAUGGAAUGGCAAAUUUGACAAUAAAGGCAAAAGCAUCGACUCAUUUGAUAAAAAAAAAGGUUGAUGAACCUCGUACUAAUCAAAAUGAGAUUAAAAAGUCAGAUCGUACCGCAAAAGAGCGAGUGUCCACAGGUUGUGGCCCUUCUCCACCGAAAGAAAUAAAAGUUUCGAAUGUAAAUCGUUUGGAAACUCCAACAAAGGAAAAGAAUAAUGAUGAUUCCCAUUCUCGUCAUGAUAUUGCCGUUGGACCUUCUCCACCUAAAGAAUUACAAAAGAAACAAAAUAAUAAUAUGGACAAUAGAACUACUCCAACACAAACGCGCAAUGUCUCAGUAGAAAAUGAAAAAAAUAAAAAGCAUAGCGUAUCUGUAGGUCCUUCUCCACCUCGUUUAAGUCCUGUUGCCAAAGACAGAGGAGUAAAUGAAUACGAUCAUGGAGUUCAAAAAAAGUCCGUUGGAAUCUCGCCGUCACGAGAAAAUAAUAUGAGGCCGGAAUCAAGAUUUAGUCAAGCAAGCGUUUCCAAUACUGGGACAUCUCCACCACCACAAAAUAUUUCAACGCAGACUUAUGACGUUCCGAAUCAAUGGGAUAGACCCUCUUCGACUACCCGAUCUCGACCACGGCGCCGAUUUACGGAUGAGAGUCGAAGAGAACGAUCGCAUAGUAGGCAUUCACUUUCAAGUGAUACUCGAGAGAGUGAACGAAGCAUACGUACAAGCGGUGGGAGAUGGGAAUGGAGAGAGCCACGUGAUAGUAGCCCUGGAGGAGCAGAGUGGAGCGAGAAUGAACGUAAACGUACAACAAGCCGCCUUACAAGACGUGCAUCGCAUCUUGAUUUAAGGCGAAAUAGACCUUCUCGGAGGUCUAGUUUAUAUGGCUCAGAAGCUCCUUCACCAGAACCAUUUUCAAACAAUCGUGCUAAUUCCUUAGAAGCGUUAGCAGGUGCUAAUUCAAGACGCGAGGCGGAAAGAGGAUUGGAACUGGCUCGCCUUAUGUCUGAAGCUGAAAGACUAGGCUUUAGUGCGGCGGAAGUACAGGCAGCAUUAGCUCAGAAUCCUGUAGCUCCAUUAUCAUGGCUAAGAGAACGAUGGCCAAGCUUAUGUGCAGGGGUCAGAGCAGCUGCCGCAAGAUUAGCAUCUGGUAUAAAUGUAUCAGAACUGGAAGCUCGUGCAGCUCUAGCACGGCACAGGGGAGCUAUGUGGCCAGCUGUCACAGAGUGUGUUGAGCGACAUCGUAGGCAGAUGGGUGAUAUCGGAGUUGGUGAGGAGAGGAAAUUACGUGGUCGCGUAUGGGGCUCUCCUGUUGGAGCUGAUGAUGAGGCCACUCCUCCAUCGUUUUCGAACCGGUCACACCGCAGCCGCGCCGAGGACAGUUCAGACGAAUUCGAUGUUUCUGCAAAUAAUCUCCAAGAUGACGACUGGAUGUAUUUACCGUUAGAUAUAAGAGACAAAAAUAUGCCGGAAAUUGAGCAAAAACCUUUACUUAAAGAAACAUUUAAUACAACACCCGAAAAUGUACAAGAUAUUGCAGAUAAAUUAAAAGCACUGUUAAAUCUUGCUGGAAUACCUUCUAUAGAAGAAAAUUUAUUAUUAAAAGGUUUAACAGUGAAAGGCUUAACUAAAAAUAUGAGAGAUACUAAAUCUGAAGAUACUCCUGUAGAAGAAAAGGAAAAUUUAAUGGAAUUUGUUCAAUCGGAAAAAGAUUUUAUCGAAGCAUAUAAUGCUUUAACGCGAUUAAGUCCAUUGCCAAACAUUGAAAUGAAAAACAACCCAGCUAUCGUCGAUUUAAACGGAAAUAGAAAUGAUAAUUUUGAGUCGGUCAGUCAAACAAUUGAAACAAAUAACACACAAACAGAAAAAUAUGAAGAAAAUUCACAAAAACAAACACAAUUAAAGGGAACUUCUAUAAAACAAUUGGAGCAUGAUGAGAUUAAUCUACGAUCAGAAAACAAUCAUUCUGCCAAAUUAAUAAAUCACAACACAAAUAUUUCUCAAGAACAACGAUCAAACAAUCUGAGUGAUUUAGUUGAUAAUACACAAAAAUUAAUUCAACAAAUGAAAGAUGAAAUUGCGUAUGAUAUAAACUCUACUCACGACUCUGCAGAUACUGAAUCAACUUCUAAUAAUUCUGAGGUAUCCGUACAUCAAGAAUCAAGUUAUAGCGAGUCAGACAAUAAUACUGAGGAUUUGACAUCUGAUGAAAAAGAAAUUACAAGUAGCGAUGAAGAAAUCAUGCACGAUAAUUUAAAAAUUGAAAAUAAAGAUUUUACUAGUUCGGAAGACACCGAGCAGUUUGAAGAAGCUAUUGAUUAUAUUGAAGCACCUAUAGAUGUGCAAGAUAAUAAUAUAAAACCAUUAGGUUCGGAAGCUCAAACAUUACGUCAUGAACAAACAAUAAUGGUAGAAAGUAGCCCACAGUUAUCUAAAAUAGAAGAUGUUAAUAACAACUUUUUUGAAGUUGUAAAUUCAUUUGAUGAAAUUUAUGAACAAAUCAACAACGAUGAUAAUUUUGCUAAACAUAUUGAAAGCGAAAUUGUAGUAAAAAGUAAAUGUAAACCUGAUAAAGAAAUAAUUAAUCAAUCUACUAAGGAAACAUUGUAUAAAACUCACUUUAAAGUAGGAACGCCUUCAAAAUUGGUUAUAACUGAACUAAAAUAUCCGGUAUAUAAAGGUUUUAUUGAAAAUAUAUGUGCAGAACAUGUAAUAUCAAAUAAAGAAACCAAAACAACAUCAAAUAAUGCAGAAAAAGAGAUUAAAAAUACUAUCAAUAAUAGUAACAACUAUUUAGAAACUUUGAAUAUAACUUUGAUUCCCGAGGCUUCAAACACAUUUGAACAAAAAAACAGUACACAUAAUCAGUUACAGGGCGAACAAGCCAACGAGUCGGCUGAUCUUCAUGUAGUAGAAAAAGUUAAUGAAAAUCAGGACAUUAUUGUCGAGAACUCUAAUACCAACGAUAUUACCGAGAUGAACAUUGACAAAGCAAUUGAUAAUAAUUCAUCGAAACAGUCACCGAUAAUUAAAUCCAAUAUACCAAUACUUGUUAAAACGACUGUCAAUAAACAAAAGUUAGAUAAAAAUCAAAAGGCAACAAAUUCUAAAUUGCCUAUAAGACGUACUUCUAUAAAACAGUAUCCUGCACCCUCUCCACCCAAAACACAUUUUGGCACCGUGCAAAAUGGAAGCGUCAAGCAGUUACAAACAAAAUUGUUUAAUAAUAAAACAUUACCAAAUAAUGACAAAUCAUCUCAUACUAUUGAAGUGAAACCAUCUACAUCAGCAAUAACAGUAAAGAAAAAUCCAGCUCCACAGCCACCCCCAUUACAACAAAUAUCUCCACCAAAAACCACAAUUACAGAAAAAGAACAAUAUUUUCGUGAAACAUGUCGUACCGAAGAUGAAUGGACCGAUACGGAAUCUGAUGAAGAUAACAAGCCAUCACAAGACAGAAGAGAAAUAACGCCCACACCUGAGUUACCCUCACCUCCGCCAAUAACAACGCGUCGAAUAUCUGGACAGUUAAUUGAUUUAACUCGAAUACAAUUACCUGAAGGUUCUCCAGAGAGACAAGCUCGAAUGCUCUUAGCAGAGGGUGCUACGGAGAAUUGGGAACAAGCACAAAUUGCCGUUGAAUUGAUUGCUCGUGGAACCGAUGCCCCUACUGCACUUUUAGCCGCUCUCGAAUGUGCAGAUCUUGUUUCUGCACUAGCUUACUUAAAUCAAUACUGCGAGCUUUGUGCCGCACAUUUCCCAGAACACGAAAUGGUAUCAAUGUUACGAUGCUCUCAUAGAUGCUGUCGAGAAUGUGCUCGCCAUUAUUUUACAGUUCAAAUCACGGAGCGGAGCAUAGUAGACUGCGUUUGUGCAUACUGCAAGGAACCUGAGUUGGAAAUAUUGGAUGAAGAUACUUGGGUCGAUUAUUUUGCUCAUUUAGAUAUACUACUGAAAACUCUACUUGAAACAGAAGUUCAUGAACUAUUCCAGAGAAAGCUACGCGAUCGCACGCUUGCUCGAGAUCCGAAUUUCCGCUGGUGCGUUGAAUGUUCUUCAGGAUUUUUUGUGCAUCCAAAGCAGAAAAAGCUGCGAUGCCCCGAAUGUAAGUCUGUUACCUGCUCGACAUGUCGAAAACCCGUAAGUCUUAUUUUUAGUUUAAUAAAAUGCGUCAUAAAUAAAAAAAAAAGUGAGCCGUCACGGGACGCCUGGCAGAUGUGAAACAUCGACAUAUCAUCGUAUAG